CGGCUCAUUAGCCAGCGGCGUCGCCGCGAUGAACUUGUCGGGAACCUGAGGGCCGGAGCCGCAGCCAGGGACAAGAGCCGCAGCCGCCCACGAAGGCAGGCAGGCAGGCAGGCAGGCAGGCAGGCGGGUCCCGCGCCUCGGCGCUCCCCGAGUGGAUGUAAAGCGCUGGGCCAGCGCCGCUCCAAGAUGCUUCUAGUUUCCCCGCGGGUAGAAGCACCACGCAUGGAGCCCCACAUCACGGGAUCCGUGAAGAGGAAAGUGGCAGAUGACGCGUCUCCAGCCUCCGGCGCCAUGCCUGACGUCCUCUUCCCGAGCGAGAGCAAGCGACUUUGUCUUGAUGACGUCACUCUUUCCAUGGGUCCCGGGACCAAUUCUGUUUCAUGCCCCGAUAUGCAAGGCUCUCCAUUUUCAACCAAUCAUGGGACUUCCUCGAUGCCCGGACAUGGAAUGCUCCUUGAAAAUAACCACAUGAACGGGAGCGGAAUUGGCUCUCCAUUUUCCGUCCCACCUAAUGCUGAAGUUGGGCAAAAAGGGCCUCUCGGGGGCCAUUACGGUGAAAAAGGGAGCAACAUGCACGCCAUGGACCAAGAACUUCAAGAUUUGUUGGAAGAGUUGACCAAGAUGCCGGACCCUUCUCCCAACGAAUUGGACCUUGAGAAGAUCUUAGGGAGCAAACCUGAAGAGCCCAUGGGGAACUUGUCCCACCCGCCCUCAGCCAUGAACAGCUCUUCCAAAUCUUCUCCGCAGGCUACCCCCUUGGACAAUCACCUCCCCAACAAAGAUUUUUCUCCUGGAUGCAACCCAAGCGGUGGGUCUCCGCAGAUGACGUCUUCUUCUGGAGCCAGCUACUCGGUUCCGUCUCAGAACAAGGCUGUCGCUUCGCCCAUUUCUUCAGCCACACCCAACAAGGGUCAAACUCAGGCCAUCCACAUGCCCGGGACAAACUGGCACGCCCAACAGUUGAAGCACUUAGCCAGCAAGCAAGCUCCAACUUCCAAACCCCCAACUCCAAAUUGGCCCACCAUAUCUUCUCAAGGUCUUUCGCCUCCUUACCGGCAAGGGUCUUCUCCGCACCACCAGCCCUUCAGUCCUCAAAAUGUCUUGAUCUCCAACAUGACUCCGAAUGGCCUUCCAGGAAGCAACAUUCAGAGUCCGCAGAACCCUCUGCUCUCCAGCAUCACAUCCAACAGUAACCCACCCGGAGGUCUAUCUCCACCUUUUGGGCCAGAGAAGCUCUCCAGUCCGGUCCUCAAUCAGCAAUCGUUCAGCCCUCCGAAUUCCAUCAUGCCCAACAUUUCAGCCAACAGCAUUAAGAGUUCUCCCAACCCUUUGGGGCCUCCCAAUGCUGGACCUUCACCGUACAGGCCGGAGAAGCUUUCUAGCCCAGCUUUGCACCAACAACCUUUCAGCCCUCAAAGCACCUUGAUCUCCAACCCCACACCGACCAGCAACCCCACCAACAUGCCAGGUUCCCUCUACAAAGCCAUGCCGUCCACCCAGUCCAAGAACAUGAAUGUCAUCAUGACACAGUCUUCCAACAGCAUCCAAACAGGGUUGGGGAGCGAAGGUCCUGUUGCCCAAGACCAGUUUUCUUUCAGCAAUACCAAACCCCUCUCCCAUUUCAGUUCAGAGACGACCCCUCCCCAGAAGAUGUCGCCGAUGGCUUCCACCACGGGGCAACAGUCACUCAUGCACUAUCUUCAGCAACAAGCUGCAACCUCGCCGCAGUCGCAACAAGUCAACAACAACCAGUUCCUUCAGCAGCAGCUCCGGCAGUUGAUGCAACCGUCUCGGAUGCAACAACGGCACGUCCAGCCAUCCCCGUUGUCAUCGCAGGUGCGGCAGGACCAGGCGCCUGGCCUCGGUGCUCGGAUGCAGGAGCCAGGAGUCCCCGCCAACUCAGGGUCAGUGCCUGCCCAGGCUCCACCGUUGGUGAAUGACUACACCAUGAGGAACCAACUCCUAAAGCAGCAAAUCAUGAGACGGCGGCAACAGCAGCAACAGCAGCAACAACAACAGCAGCAGCAGCAGCAACAGCAGCAGCAGCAGCAACAGCAGCAACAGCAGCAGCUCCAGGAAAAGCAGAGGCACAGCAUGAUGGGUGUGGCAGCUGAGCAAAGGAGUCCCUUUGUAGGUCAACAGAUGAACCAGUUUCCCGCAGUUUCGCAGUCCCUGCCGACCGACUGCAGCCAGUCCAUGCAAUCCCCUGGCUCCACCCACCGCAUGAUGCAACCUACCCAAGGGAUGCUCCAGAGCACCUUGGGCCCUGGCCUUGGGCCCACCGCCGUGAACCAGAACAGCGGAGCCAUGGUGAUGAUCCCCCAUAACCCCAACAAGCAACCCGCCAUCUUCCCCCAGAAUACCGAUUUCAACCUCCCGCUCCGAGGAAGCCAAAACUCGUUGGCCAUGACUUCGGGAUGUCAAACCGUUCACAGCCAUCCGGCAGCCCGGCCAGGGAUGGCUGCGCCCAACUUCGCAGCUGGGGCUUUGGUCACCCAUUCUUCCGCCCAGCAGCACUUGAGACAACCCACCAUGGCCAGGAUGCCUGCCAUCUACUCCAAUUCUUCGGCGCCGAUGUGGACGCCAACAGUCGUCCCCAGGAUGCCCAGCCAAAAUCCGAUGGAGGCCACCAUGCACCAGUUCCCAAACAACCCCAUCUUCUCCAAACAGAACAUCAGGUCAAGCAUCCCCAGCCAACCGUUUUCUCACCAAGCCGGACCUCCACCCAACCAGAUUGUUCCCGGGAUGCAGGCCAGACAGAUGCAAAAAAUGAACCUUGGACCUUCUAACCAAAGCUUAAUCCCUCCAAAUAAUCAGAACCUGAGACAUGGUUUAACCAGAGGACCCUUGCCAGCUGCCAUGAAUGUCAUGAAAUCCAUGCCCCAAGGGGUCUCGGGGUUCAGCCAACUCAACGCUGGCCCAGACGUUGGGCCACCCAGUUAUCCAGGCUCGACUGGGCAGUCCUCCGUAACGUUCAACAGGAUGAACGCUGCUUUGGAGUUGUCGCCGCAAUACGACUUUGUACCACAACAGAACAACGCCAUGUUGCCCGGGACGUGCAGCGAAGCUGACUUGAUCGACUGCUUGAUGAAGAACAGCGGUGGCACGGAUGAAGACUGGCUAAAUAAUUUGACAUUGAUAGAUGAUAUUUUAGGACAACACGUUCAGAGCGCCGGACAUGUCUGAUUCUCGAGAGGAACGGAAGGAAGUGUAAAUAAUUUUGCAGGAUCUGGAACGGAACCCAAGCAGUGACAAAAACAUAUUUUAAAUAAUCUUUUUUUGUCCCGAAUCGAAAGGAAAAAAGGAUGUCCACUUUGCUUAACUGCCCUCGGGUGGGUUGUUUUUUUGUUUUGUUUUUUUCAAGCAGCUGUGUACAUAUUUGAAUAUUUUGUAAAUUAUGUUUUCCUAAACAUUAAAUAUGGAAGUAUUUAUACUUCUUUGCUGGACGCUGUAAAUACCUUAUAGACUACCUUUUUUUUUUCUUAUAUUAUAGGAAUUACACUUUGUUCUAAAUAUGCAAAUAUUAUUGUUAGUUCCAGUAAUACUGUGUAUUACAGCAUCAAAUAUUUUAUGUUUUUGACAUAACGUAUGAAUGAGGGGUGCCCUGGAAAACAGAAUAAACCGAAAGUAAAAUCCGCAGCUAUUCUUAACUUCCGUCCUUCUCCUAGCGCAAAUUGGAUAAAUCCCCGUUUUUUCAUCAGCCGCCAAAACAGCUUCACAAAAUAGCUCCGUGUGACAAGUUGCUACACAAAAUGGAAAAAUGUCGGGGUUUUGGGUUUUUUCCCAUCUGGGGGUUUCUUCACGCAGUGAGUCUCUUCUAACGGCAAUCUUAAGGGGGGACAGGCAAAAUUUGGGGUGGGGUCAGUAGUGGGUUUCACUUACCGUCGCUACCAGUUCGGAAGCGUGAGUGCUCGCACAUAGCGCUUGUACGCAUGCGCAGAGCAUCCGUGAUGACAUGUGGGCGGGUGAGUGGAGCCCCUCGCCGCUACCAGUUCGCACGAACUGGGGCGAACCAGUAGAAACACUGGGUGAGGUGUUACAUGCAUUGGAAAGCCAAUUCUUUGAAUCUGAUGUAGUCUGUGUUAAAAAACAAAACAAAAAAACCGGUGUGAACAUUCUCCUUAAAAACAUAAUUGCUCCAAAUUAGCCGAUUCCUGGAAAUUGUAAAAAAAAAAAAAAGAAAAAUCAAUUUCCCCAAAAGCAAUCUUCUGAGAUUGUUCGGUUCUUUGCUUUCUUCUAGCUCUUUCUGUUAUUUGUACACCUCCUGGACACACAGGCGAACGGAAGCCUCGUUUUUGUUUUAAUUUUCUAACAAUUCCUGUGUUGUGCUACCUCUAACUAAAGACACCAGUGCUCUGUAGUUUCCCCUUUAAUUACUUUGAUUCUUUUUUUAAAAAAGAAAAGAAGCGAUUGAAAUAUUAGGAGUCCCAAUAAAUGCAUCUGUAGGUGUUGUGUACCAGAGCUGGCAGCAGAUUCGGACAGUGAGGAGGUUGGGGAGGAACGUGGGCCAGUCCUGGAGUCUGGGGAAGGCUCAGACGAGGGCUCUAAGUCGGAGGCAGAGAGGGAGCCAAGGCCAUCUGGUAGUUCUUUGCUGCCUCCAGAUUCUUCGGAGUCUGACAUCAGCGAGGCAGAAGAACAGCGGGAGCCUAUUCCCAGUGUGCGCAUGCGCAGAGCUGCCAGAAGACAGGAACAAUUAAGGAAACAGGGUCGACUUGGGAGUAAGGCUUGGAGAUGAUUGGCCCUUCCCAUAAGACAUAAAAGAGAAGCGAACGGGACGUGAGCUUUUGCAGGAAGCAAUUAGUUCAUCUGGCCGGUAAAAGCUCUGGGAAAGUUCUGUUUGACUCUGUGCUAAGUUUGGCCUUGCCCUGCGUGUGGCAAUUAAUUCUCUGGCAGCAUUCCAAGGGAGAUUAGGUGGGUGUUUGUAAACACUCCCCUGAAAGACUGUUUGAGAAGCCUUUCGGACUGUGAACGACAAUAAUUCACAGCCGUUUGAAUUAAAGAGGUUUGCCGGGACGAAGAUUGUGCCGUAUACUUAAUUUUUGGCCAAAGGGUAUAAUUCUUUUAAAUUUUUAAAUUUUGUAUUGGAUGUUUUUUACUUGGCUGUGCACCGCCCUGAGUCCACUAGGAGAAGGGCGGUAUACAAAUUUAAAUAAAAUAAAUAAAAUAAAUAAAUACUUUCUAAGGAAGCCUAGGUCAGAACAGUAGGUGUGAACGAACCCCGGGGAUAAUCUCAAAAGAAAAGUGCACAGCUGAGAGUAGCUACUUCCUUCCCAAACAUACAUCGGCAAGGCCACAUACACACACACACACCACUUGAGAGUAAAGGCAGUCCUCGGCAUACGUAAUCUGUCCAUGAUAAUUGUACGACAGUCGUAAAACCAUCUUUGCAAGCUCUUCUUUUUUUUUUUUUGUGGCAAGCGUUAAGAAAAAUGUCAUAAAUUAGCCGCCGCAGUCAUUAAGCGAAUGCCACGGCUCUUAAGCAAACCAAUGUUUCCUGAUUGGCAUGGUUUUGCUGAAAACCCGACGUAAGUGCCCGUUUUCAGGGAAACCGUCAUAAAAUGCGACUGCGGGGCACUUUUCAUAAGCCAUCAUUGUGGCUAUGUUGCUGAGCACCAGAUUGGCCAUGUGACUGCAGAGGGGACGCGAUUUGAAUCCAGGCUGUAAGCCCUAUUUUUGGAUCAGUUGUAACUUUGAAUGGUCACUAAGUGAACGGUCGUAAAUCAAGGACUCCACCAACCAAGACAUAUGCAAAGCUGCCCCUGGAGAAAUCAAGAGAGCGUAUUAGAAUGCCACGGCUAGGUUUGCAAAAUUAUCUAUGCCAGGAUGCCCAGCUCUAAAAACAAUUGUCUUUCUGAUUUGCCCAGCUCAAUCAUGUAUAUUUGUAGCAUACAAAUGCUUUGUUUUUGGCUCCAAAUUAUUAUUAUUAUUUUGUAUUCUGUUUUUAAUAUACAGAUUCCCCACCCCCCUCGUGCCCCAAUUCCCCGGGAUAAAGAUGUCGAUUAAAAACACAGCAUAACUUAACUUUGGAUGUUUUUUCUGUCAUGUAUAUUUAAAGAGUCUGUUUAUCAAAGAAAUCCAUUGUACUGUACACUUCUUCAAAAAAAAAAAAAUGUUCCUACUUUGUGUAACCAUAUUUUAAUAGCCACAACCUCCUCCUUCAUUUGUAAAAUUAACAUUCAUGUCAGACACACCAAACUGUUUUUUCCUUCAUACCAUAAUAAACUGCCAGGGAAAAAAUUGCA